CUCCUUGUAUCUACAUUAGAGUUCUAAAGACAUUUUCCCAUUUUGAGGAAAUUUGGGGAAUUUAUACUGUUCUUAUUGUUUGUACUGUGGGGUGCAAAAGUCUGAGACCACUAGUGAAAAUGCUUCUAUUUUGCCUUUCUUAUUUAAUCCCAACCGUAUAAUGUGAAUGCAUUUCAAACGCAGUUCAACAAAAAGCGUAUUACAUAAGGAAACAUAAUUUUAUAAUUUUUUCGGGGAAGCAAGGAUUAUUUUCUGAAUCCAACGUUUCCAACAAACAAUAUCCUUGUUAAGAUGUUCAGCACUCUGAAUACUGAACACAAGUGGUAUUGCGUGCUGGAACCCCUCAAUUAACCUUCAUAUAAAAUAUAUUUUAUGUGAUUUUAAUUAAUAAUUAUUGUUAGGAAUGCCAAUUAUCAAUUAAAUUGCGGAGUUCUUUGAAAGGUCAGUCUGCAGUAAACUGGUGAAAUCAACCAAUAAGUCAAAACAAACUGUAUCAGGUCCUAAGUUUAUACUAAUUUAUGGCCAGAACUAGCCCAACCUUAGAGGACAAGGUGCUUAUUAAUUUUGCUGUUUCUGGUGUCUCUUCAGUGACAAACUGCCUAGAUUAGGGUAUCAGAGUAGCAUUGAUGACAGAGGACAUCAUAGAAGCAAUAAAAUAUUGCCCCAUCCAAUUACCCUGUUCCUUUCUCUCAGGCCAUAAUCUCAACACAAAAUAUCUCACAACACUUUAUUUUCCACAAACAUGUCAGUUCCCGUCUAGCUUUUGCCACAGUCACAUGGAAGCAGAACCUUUGUGGCAAAUAUAAAGUGCUUAACUAAAGUAAAUGUUUAACCAUUUCCGUCCCAAGCCCAAUAAUAUCAAGCCCAAAGUCAAGGGGUUUUGGGUUUGGUUGAGAAAAUUUAGAAAGUUGAGAAUGUAGUAGGGUUUUAAUAGGGACUCAAAACAAUAGUAUAGCAGUCAUUUGGAUUGGUUGAAAAGGUAUCAGGUCAAGAGUGCCAUGUGCCCCUCUUGGGUUUUCACAGUAGUUACACUUGAGUGCCGUAUGGCUCUCUUGUGACUGAAAGGGUUAAAUCAUGUGUCUUUAGGAGAUGAUCAGUAAAGUGCAACAAUAUUUUCAUCAUAUUUAUUUACCUUUUUAGCAAAAUCCCUGUCAUUGUGAAUAACAUUUUGACAAGUUAAGUUCUUACAUUGACCAGGAACUACAUUUCAUUACAUUUUUAACACAAACAACAUAAUAUAUGGUGUCACUUUGCAAUGAGUGGAAAAUGCUGUUUUUGCAGUGUAUGCGAUUGAUAUGCAGCCCAAGUCUGCUGGCAUGGCCUCUGAUGGACAGCCCCAAAGUACAGCCACUGCUGUCCCCGUGCCACCAGGUAAGCAAGUCAACGCAAGUAAAUCAAACCGGUGUGAUAGGUGUAGCCUAUCAGUCAGUGCUGCCCGACCCUGUUUCUGGAGAACUGCUGUCCUGUAGGUUUUCACUCCUACGGCUAGAGAUGUCUUUGAGCUGAUAAUUGGUAGAAUCAGGUACCAGAUUCAUGUUGAAUUUGAAGCCCGCAGGGCGGUUGAUCUCCAGAACCGGGCAGCCUUGCCCUAGAUACAGAUGGCUUGACCCUUGGCUAUGAUGGGGAGUUGCCAGCAGAGGGACACAGGAGUCGGGUUGGUGUAAGUCCGCUGCGUUAUUUCCUCCCGGAGACACAUCAGGUGUCAACCAAACACUGGCUACGUGCCGCCUGCAAUGAUGCCUGUCCCUCAGAGACCUCCUGGUUGUCCCCCAGGCCUGGAGUACCUGACUCAGAUUGACCAAUUGCUUGUGAAACAGAAAGUGGAACUUGCUGAAGUUGUCUUUGGAUGGGAGACAAACAACAAGUACGAUAUCAGCAACAGUGUGGGGCAGCAGGUGUUCUACGCCGCGGAGAAGACGGACUGCUGUACACGGCAGUGCUGCGGGCCUUUGCGCCCCUUCGUCAUGCACAUCCAAGACAACUACGGGCAGGAGGUCAUCACCUUAACACGCCCAUUGAAUUGUGGCUCCUGUUGCUGCCCCUGCUGCUUGCAGGAGUUGGAAGUACAGUGUCCGCCUGGCAACCCUAUUGGAUACGUCAUUCAAGACUGGCAUCCUUACCUUCCCAAAUACACCAUCCAGAACGAACAAAAGGAGCCAGUUCUAAAGAUUGUGGGGCCGUUCUGUUCCUGUAAAUGCUGCUCAGAUGUAAACUUUGAGGUCAAGUCUUUGGAUGAAACUGCCAUGGUCGGCACCAUCUCCAAGCAGUGGACGGGAUUUCUGCGAGAGGCGUACACCGACGCAGACAACUUCGGCAUCAAGUUUCCCAUGGACCUCGAUGUGAAAAUUAAAGCUGUUAUGUUAGGAGCCUGCUUCCUCAUUGAUUUCAUGUUCUUCGAGCAUUCGAAAUGAUAGGACACAAGGACUUUAGCAUGCGAGCACGUAACUGAAUAAGAGUGACUAUCCCAACACUUAGAAUGGCUUACCAGAUGAAGCAGGGAGUUCCUUUUCAAGUUGCAAAUUUUAAUUACUCAGAAGAAUGGUAUGGAUUAAUAUACACACAUUUCAUUCCCAGUAAUGUGAGUGAAUAUUGCUUUUGAUAUUCUUUUUCAUGUAGCACUUGGCAUGUUUAAGGAUACAGUGGUUCUGCAUUUAACCCAAUAUUAAGGCAAUUAUAUAAGCCAUGUGAAGAAAUACAAUGAAGGACACCUUGUGUUUAUAGCUGCAAGACUAAUAUUGUGAAUAUUGUUCUUGCGUUCUGAUUGAUUACAUUACUAACAAAGGAAAAUAAAAAUAUUACCUGCAUUAA